UAAAUUAUUUUACAUGUUGUAAAACAAGUGAAGAGAACGUUGCCUCAAAAAAUGAAGACCUACGCCAAUGCACGUUUGUUGAGACAACAUCUUCACCGUCUAAAAAUCUCUGCUUAUGUAAGCAUCCUAGUGAUUAUCCUCAACAACUUACUAAUAUCUACAAAUAGACGCUUCCUUUUCAGAAAAUUUGUAGAGUGUACAAAAAGCAACUUGGGUCUGAAAAUUUUGAGGAACCUGCCAAAGAAAUCAGCCCUCUAAAUAGCGAGCCUUAAGCGAAACCAAAAUCGAACAAAUUGUAUCGUAAUUUUCAUAUCUUGAUUUUCAUAUUUAUAGUGUUUAUUUGAUUGGAUAUAAGUCUUUUUUAAUUGAGGGGUUAGACCAGUAGCGCUGAACUGUUCUAAAUACUAAGAAAAGUUUGGGGAAAAUCUGUUGUUUCUUAAUCACCGUCCUUUAAGGUCGGAAGAAACUUGUUCACCAUCCCGUUCAUCAAAAAGUCCCCGUCAUCACAAUGCAGAGUGCAACUACCUCCUUUGAAAUGUAACGAAUAUGGGUAGCUAGUAUGUUACCUCAAAUACUUUUCAGGAAUUAUUGAGGGGCCAUUCUUCCCGCAGCCCCCCUCCCUCCGUGUCCUCGCCCCCUGAUGACGCUUCAAAAGCGUUUUUUCAUUAAUGCCUUCCAUACUCCAUCUGAAAUCAUACCUUGAUUCCAGGUUGCGACCUUCUGGCUCAAGGACAGAUUCUCUGACGACAUAGAAUCCUUGAAACACAGUAUCUGUGCAUAGUUAAAGCUGUUUUCGACAAAAGCCCAAUCGGCUGGGUCAUGAUUUGCGUUCAUUUUCAGCUGUUUGCACGGCGAAUCAAAAUCCUCUAUUUUGGAAUCAGUAAAUGCCUUACUGUUAAGCCAGAAAAUCUAUUGGAAACGCCUUUCUAUUGAUUGGUGUUUAUCCUAGUAGUUAACUUGCAAGUUAUGCCGGAUUAAGGAAACCAUUUUGCAACUGUAAUCUGAUAUUUGGCCAUAGCCCACAGCAGAUAUGCGAAAUUCAAAAAUUUUAUAGCACGAUAAAGCGAUUGAAUAUCGACAAAAACAUGAUUCUAGUUCAUUUGUGGUCAACCUUUGUCGGAGAAGUAAAUUUUUUAUGAGCUGAUUCCGGCAUAAAUCAGCUACCAUGCUAUACUAUACAGGUUGUACGCUGGUCGCUAUGCUAAACAUCAAGCCUUGAAUUUAUAUUAACUCGUAUGUUUUCAUGACAACAAAUGUUUGAGAUUGACUGCGUAACUAUAACAUGGGCGGUGGCGUUUUCAUAAAAACUUCCUACUACAAAGCUCAUUUAGGAUAGAAAAAUAGAGCAUUCCGUUUAAUUUGUUGCAAGAUUAAGACUAAAGUAUUUACUCUAUGAUACCGAGAGAUUUUGUCAAGAGACGAAGCCUACUGCUGUGAUUGUAGCCAAGGGAUCGUAUCCAGAGAGAAAGAAGAAAUCGCUGUUGCAAAAGCAGUGAAUAACUGCAUUUGAUACCAAAUUGGAAUAUGACAGGGUAAAGCAGAAUUCUGCCUUUAUAUCGAGAUAUACUUUUAAAGUUUCUUACUGGAAAGAUGGAAUGCCAACAUUGACCAACAGAAAGCUCGUGUGGGAAUAAAUCAAUAUGACCGAACUAUCGCCUACUUUCCAGUCUAACUUAGAAUUUACCCCAGGACAGUUGAAAAGGCCAACGAUUUCUCAAGAAAACUUUAAAAGAUACUUCAAUGCAACUCCGAAAGUCCCCAAGACACCUUGGGGGAGACAUUUAAGCUAUGGCGGCAUGGGGCCAAUCAGUUUGCCAAGCAGUAACCGGCCUAAAGGUGAGCCACCUGUGCGUGUGGAAAAAGGGCACUUGCAUUAUGGCGCUGGAGUCAUGCCACAUCCAAGUGCGAUGACAAUCCAGCAGUUCUACACGUUGACGCCAUUAAGCAAAAGCAAUGUUCGGACAAAUGAUCAGCUUAUUCCAGCUCCAAACAAGGAGAAUCUUGGAACCUCAAAGAUUGAGAAGAAGUUUCCCGCUGAACAUCCUUAUUCAUCGCAUUCAUCGCGUUUUGCCUUGUUUCCCCAAUUCGAUGUUCCGACCGACAUGAGCAAAGGUGAUGCAGCACAUCUUUUCCAACCUACACUACCUCCGGAAACUGCUGCUUCUGCUCCCGAGGCAAGCAUCAUUGGUAAAGCCAAGGGCACUCCUGCUCGCCAUGAGCGGGUUUCAGUGUCACCGAAUUCAAGCAGAAGCCCAUUGAGGUGGCUGGAUGGGCCUAAUUAUUUUCAGUUGCCAAAAGGCCCAGAUAAAGAGAGACAGAAUUACUACCCUUGCCCACCAUCGACAGUUCGCCCUGCAAGUGGAAAGGUGCUCGAAAAUACCUCUGUUUCUCUAAGGACAGCCAGCACUCUGAAUGAUCUGCAAAAGUCCAUGUGGAUAUCGACAUAUGGAAAGGACUUUAAAGGAUCAGCAACCUUGGACACUCAAAAUGCUGUAACUGAUAAUAGCAAGACAAGUGCGGAAAAUUUCAUAGAAGCGUACACGCCGUUCUGUCAGCCAGAUAAAAGCCGUGUUUCCUCAGCCAGCACGACCAUUCGUUCAAAAUCAAGAGCUGACACCGAAUUGCCAGAGACACGGGACGCCGAAUUUUUUGACAGUCGUAGACUAAGUGAUGCCACGACCCCUAAAUCGGUUCAGUUCAAUCGCAGUGUUACGUUUUCUGAUGGAAUGAGCAUUCGUGAGAUCCCGCUCACCAGUGGUUCAGAUACACUUGGAGAUAAGAGGCGAGACUUUUUGAAGACCCCAUUUAACAAAACUCGUAUUUUACCAGGCACUGCCAACAGUGAUUCAGCUAGCGACUUGUUACAAAGAGACAUACAUGUUACUGAUAGGUUGUCAAGAAGUGCUCCUGCCUCGACAUCUAUAAACCAUAUGCCUUCACAGAUAGCACAAAAGGACAUUCUUAAAGGCGACCCUGCUUGCCCUUUAAAGUACUUUCGACCGCACACCGUUGGCAGUUAUCGUUCCACAACUGAUUUACUAAACGUUCACGACAGAUGGUCCAAAAGUGCUGCAAGUCGCAGGUUCCACGAAGCCUAUCCUGAACCAACUCCUGAUCUACGACGAAAGCCGGACUUACGUUUCACCACCAAUGAGAAGCGGCAUGUAGUACCAGAAGCAAAAGCACACACCUAUAUUUUCCGUGGGGCAGACCAUUUGUAAAGUAGCUCUGUUCCAUUAGGAUUGUAAUAGACUUAGAAGAUCGAACAUUUUAGGCUUGUCUUUAAUAUAUACUACCAUAUUAGAGCUUGUCAAGGGUCCUUUGUAAAUAAGACACACCGAAUUUCUACCAUGUAUUCUCUUCAAGAAGACAAGAUAUGGCAAACCUCUGGCCAUCUAGUGGAAUACAAAAUUGGGUGCAUGUUAAACUCACGCAGAAAUAUUCUACCGGAUUUACUACGUUAUGUGAAAUGGGAGAUCUUCACGCUGCUGGAAAUUCGAAAUUGAACCCCUGUUUUAAUAUUAGCAUCCCACGAUCAACUCAGACAUUCUUGCCAAUGAUUUGAAUUGCCUUGAGAGGCUCUGUCUAUACUUGAUUCUAUUUGCACAAUGAGCCUGCUUAUAGACAGUGAAAUAUUUAUGUCAAGAUCUCUCAUUGCUGGCAAAAUCUGAUUUUUAAUGAAAAUAGCAGAUAAUUAAAUUCAUUAACAGAAGUUAAUUAAUUGAAGGAGGUUAAUAGUUUUUAACGGAAGUUAAUUUUACUCAUUUUGCUUUUUAUGAACGAUAUGUCCUUUUUAAAA